AUGGCGGAUUCAGCCGAAAUUACCUUUGUUCUGGGCCUUUUCGUUUUCCUCGGCCUGCUGUUGACACUGACAGCACGUGUGCAAGGAAGAGGUAGUAUCGACAGUAUGGAUAUGUCUAUAAAGAUUGGACAGUGGAAUGCCUUGGUGUUGUUGGACAGAUUCCGUGCUUGUCGAGUGUUAUAG